CCCAGCAGCAGGUUCCCGGUGAGACUCGGAGCGCGCGCAGCCAGCAGAGGACAGACCCAGCACACCUCGGGAGCUCCGUCAGUUUUCAAGAUUUUCUCCAACUUCAGCCCUCAGACAAACAUUAGCAUGAUGUCGUAUUUAAAGCAACCACCUUACACAGUGAACGGCCUCAGCCUAACCACUUCUGGAAUGGACCUCUUACAUCCAUCAGUGGGUUAUCCAGCCACGCCGCGGAAGCAGAGGAGGGAAAGGACUACUUUCACCCGCGCUCAGCUCGACGUUUUGGAGGCGUUGUUCGCCAAAACUCGCUAUCCGGACAUAUUUAUGCGCGAAGAGGUGGCGCUGAAAAUCAAUCUACCUGAAUCCAGAGUACAGGUGUGGUUCAAGAACCGGCGGGCAAAGUGUCGCCAGCAGCAGCAGCAGCAGCAGAACGGAGGCCAGAACAAGGUGCGACCUGCCAAAAAGAAAAGUUCCCCGACCAGAGAAGUGAGCUCGGAGAGCGGGGCCAGCGGCCAGUUCACGCCCCCGACCAGCACCACCACCGUCCCGGCCAUCUCCACCAGCACCGCGCCGGUGUCCAUCUGGAGUCCCGCCUCCAUCUCUCCGCUGUCAGACCCGCUAUCUACCUCCUCCUCCUGCAUGCAGCGCUCCUACCCGAUGACCUACACCCAGGCCUCCGGCUACAGCCAGGGCUACGCCGGGUCGACGUCCUACUUCGGGGGGAUGGACUGCGGCUCUUACCUCACUCCGAUGCACCACCAACUGUCGGGCCCCGGGUCGACGCUCAGCCCGAUGAGCACGAACGCGGUUACAAGCCAUCUGAACCAGUCCCCGGCGUCCCUGUCCACCCAGGGCUACGGGGCGUCCGGCCUGGGCUUCAACUCCACAGCAGACUGCCUGGAUUAUAAGGACCAAGCGGCGUCGUGGAAGCUGAACUUCAAUGCCGAUUGCUUGGAUUAUAAGGAUCAGACGUCCUCGUGGAAAUUCCAGGUCCUGUGAACGAAGCAAUCAGCUGUCAAAAGAAAAAAAAAAAAAGUGCACAAACAGUGACGAUCACGCGAGACGCAGCGCUGCCAUCCCUCAACAAAACACAUCAGACUGGU